AUGAGUAGUCUGGGCGCAAAGAUCAAGGACAUCCUCCACUCCGAUGACAAGGACACCACUACAGAAACAUCUCACCAUCCCCCAGGAUCAUUCCCCACAGAAGAAAUGGAGCCCAGUGAAACACACCAAGGCUACUCCAAGGGAUACGAGCACAACAAGCUUCACAAGGCCGAUGACCCUCGAGGCCAUGCACACAAGGACUCUGGUGUUGGCUUCACUGAGUCGAAUGAUCCUACCUCCUACAAGCCCUCCAACCAACCCAUCUCCGAGCGACGCGACGAUCCUCUAGACAGAACUACCGACACUACUACAACUGCUGGCACUACAACUGCUGGUACUGCUGCUACAGGUACUACAGCCGCUGGAGGUCUGGGUGACACCAGCAAAAUCCCCGCUACUGAGAGCACCACUGGCGCUGCUGCACCCUCUACCCAGGAUCAUCCCUAUUGGGGAGAUCUUCCCAGCGGAGGCGUUCACAACACUGUCAUCGGUCACGGCAGCCCUGAAGAUGAGAACGCGCGUCACCGAACGGUUCACUCUGGUGCGACGGAACCAACACGAUCGUCUGGUACUCUCGAGAGCGGAACAUUCCUCCACCGAAACGAUCGCGACACUACUUCCUCUACUACCAAACCCACCGAUGUUCAGCGAACUACACAAGAGAACCCCAGCCAAACAUCCGGCUCUCGCUUCAGUGAGGGACUAGCUGGUGCGGGAGCCGCUGGCGCUGGUGCAUUGGGUGCUCACGAACUUAACAAGCGUCAUCACGCAGAUGAUGACCAAACACAAACCAAAGCCGACCAAACCACCGACAAGACCCACGACGAACACAAGGGCCGAUCAUUCCCUCUUCUCGGCAAGGAUCACAAGGAGAAGGAGACUCAUCACAAGGACAAGGAGACGCACCACAAAGAGGACAAGCACGCCAAAGAGCCCAAGGAGAGCAAGCUCGGCGCUCUCUUCCAUCGCAAGGAUAAGACUGAGACGGAGGCCAAGGCCGAGCAGGAGGCUGAUCAAGAGAGACAUGGUCACUCAAAGCCUGCACUCGCUGCUGCUGGAGCCGCGUGGGGUGCCAACACUGCUGGAAAGGGUCAUGAUGAUAAGACUCAGCGUAAUGUGACUGAUACUCGGGGUGCGACGCAGUAUCCUGCUUCUGGACUUGACUCUACCAGGGAUUACAGCACACAACCUACUGGUACUACCCAGCAGGAUAGCCCCCAGCGAGGCGCUGGUCUUGCGACUGGUGCUGCUGCGGGUGUUGGAGCUGGCGUUUUGGCAUCGCAUUAUGCUCAGCGUUCUGAGAACGACCGAACUGGCCCUACCGGAGCUGGUUACGACUCCCAGAGCUACAACCCUGCUGGCACUUCUACCAGAGACCCUACAUCUCAAACAUACCAGCAGGGCUCUCACGGCGAUCAUAGCCUCGCCAAGGGUACUGCCGCCGGUCUAGGCGCUGGCACACUUGCUUCGCACUCCGGCCAGCACUCUAGCUCUAACCAGCCUUCGACCCUUGGCUCCUCUUCAGCAUACGGUGCCCAGCCAGAUCAACCUGCCAACUACUCUCACAAGGAUCCCGUUGGUCAGACUUCUCAGCAUGGCUCUCAUCGCAGCGCAGGACUCGCUGCUGGAGCUGCCGCUGGUUUUGGUGCUGGCGCUCUAGCUUCGCGAUCUGGUCGUGAGCACGAGACUACUGGUCAAUCAGGACUUGACUCUAACCGGGGGCUUGAGUCGCAGGGCAACCAGUCUGCUUAUAGUUCUAGCGUCCCUACAUCUCAGUACGAGCAGCAUGAUUCUCACCGUGGUACUGGCCUCGCUGCUGGUACCGCUGCUGGGCUUGGAGCUGGUGCCUUGGCUGCUCGAUCUGGUCGUGAUAAUGAGUCUACAGGUCAAUCAGGACUUGACUCCAGCAGAGGUCUCUCAUCGCAGACUAUUCAGCCUGGAUACAGCUCUACCAACCCUACCUCCCAGCACCAGCAGGACAGCUCCCAUCACGGCGCUGGUCUAGCCACUGGCACUGCCGCCGAACUUGGAGCUGGAGCCCUGGCUUCUCGAUCCGGUCGCGACCACCACUCUGAGCAACCUACUGGCCUUGACUCCAACCGAGGUUUCGAGCCCCAGACUACUCAGCCUACUUCUACUUCUACCCGAGACCCUACCUCUCAGUCCUACCAGCAGGAGGGCUCUCACCGGGGUGCUGGACUCGCUACCGGUGCUGCUGCUGGCCUCGGCGCUGGAGCUCUUGCCUCGCAUGAGUCUAACAAGCGUGACGAGGAUAAGUACUUGAGUAACGAAGGUUCUCGGACUGCUCAGUCUGGUACUACUGGAACUACUGGUACUGGCGCUGGCUUCGGCACCUCUUCCUCUACCUUCGACAGCUCUCACCACGAACCCUCCCGAAAGUCCGAGCACUCCCAGCGCUCAACCAGCUCUCAUCACUCCACCCUCGCCGAGAACGCCAACGCCGGAAAAUACAAUACCCUCGCAUCCGGCACUCCUUCCGGCGUAGCCUACGACGACGACCUCUCCACCAGCCGCUCUUCCGAGCAGGCCACAGCUCAGAAGAAGGAUGAUAGUCACUUCGGCACCAAGGCAGCUGGUCUAGGAGCCGCUGCCGCCGGCGCUGGUACCGCAGCUGCUUUAUCCCGCAACAAGGAUGAGAAGCCUGUUGAGGACAAGAUUCGCGAGGAACCUCAGACUGAGCGUAAGCUUGAUCAGACUGAGUCGCAUAGAUCUAUUACUGGUGCUGUUGCGCCGCAGGUUGGAAUUAACAAGCCUGUUAUUCACAAGUGUCAGAAGUGUGGUGAGGAUAAUGAUAUUAGCAAGUAUUUUACUUCCAACUCUGGAAAGAUUUAA